ACAGCUCUUGUAAUUUUUCCCCUUUUUUUCCAUGUAUGACAGUUAACCCUGCAGCUAACAUGGCAGAUGAAUUAGACAUUGUGGAUAUAGAAGGAGAUGAAACUGAAGUGAAUAUGAGGGACAAUAUGGAAGGAGGGAUCCUUCAGGAUCAACAGUACUUACAGUCAGCAUGGAGUACCAAUAGUGGAAUCCUUCCUUGGACCCUGGACAGUUCCAUAAGCGAUGAGAAUAGAGAGGUCAUUGAAAACAUGCUUUUGGAGGAGCAGUAUUAUUUUGCUGGUAAGGAGCUGCCCAAGAGCAUGUGGACUGGGGACAAGCAGAAAGUGAAGAGUGCCAUGUCCUACAGGUCUCCUGUGAAGCCAGCUGGAGCACCUGUUCGAUGGGCACAGGAGGAAAAGGAUCUUUUUGAAAAAGGAUUGGCUCAGUUUGGUCGGAGGUGGACAAAGAUCGCCAAGCUGAUUGGCAGCCGUACUGUUCUGCAGGUGAAGAGCUAUGCUAGACAGUACUUAAAAAACAAGGCUAAAGCAGAUGUUCCCAUGCCAACGGUGCCCACAGACUGCCAGGCGUCCCUGAACGGGGUGCCCCCAGGUGCGGAGUGCGCCUCCGACAGGUCGGCUGGAGCUCCCAUCACUGUGCUGUCCAAUGCAGUGAGGAUCGAGAGGCUGUCAGACGACGAGGACGUGGACAUCACCGAUGACCUCAGCAAUGAUGCUCCUCUCCUGGGUAUCAAAAUGGAGCCCUGCGAGGAAAGACCUUCGGAGGAGCUGGACACCAAAGGGGAGCCCAGCCAAAGUCCCCCAUCUCCGUCCACAGCCUCCUCCUCCCAGCCCCUAAAGCAGCCCUGCUGUGAGGACUCUAAUGCGGACAGUUCAUGUCCUGUAUGGGCUGAAUGCCACUCUGCACUGGGAGAGGAAGGAAGCCUCCAGCUCUGCAAGUCUGGGAGCCCAGGAGGAGGGUCACAGUAUGAGAGUGAGGACACAGAAGGAGCAGUUCUCUCUGAGAGGGAGGUGGGGCUGGAGGAGGAGCUUGAGGAAGGGGAAGAGGAGGAGCUAAAGGCACCGGAGCAGGAAGUGUAUCUGGAUACCUGUGCUGUCACAGAAGAGGAAAAACAGGCCAUAUCUGAAUUCUUUGAAGGCCGUUCGUCCAAGACCCCUGAAAGAUACCUAAAAAUCAGGAACUACAUCCUGGACCAGUGGGAGAAGAGCAAACCUAGGUACUUGAAUAAAACAUCGGUACGACCAGGCCUGAAGAACUGCGGAGACGUGAACUGUAUAGGCAGAAUACAUACAUACCUGGAGCUUAUCGGCGCCAUCAACUUCAACUGUGAACAGGCCAUCUACAACAGACCCAGGGUAGUAGACCGCUCUCGGGUGAAAGAGGGCAGGGACACGCUGGAGGCCUUCCAGAUGGCUCAGAGGCUGCAGUCCAUGCGCACAAGGAAACGGCGAGUACGAGAUGUGUGGGGAAAUUGGUGUGACCCCAAGGACCUGGAGGGCCAGACAUUUGAGCACCUGAGUGCAGAGGACCUGGCUCGGAGAAGAGAAGAAUCCAGGAAGAGGCACAAGCCGUGUAAGAUUCCCAGACAGAAAGGCUCAUUUGACCCAUUUCAGCUCAUACCCUGCCAGGCUUUUGGAGACCAGAAAAAGGAACCUUUCCAGGUGCUCGUCUGUGCAGAAGCGCUUGUUGUGAUGGACAUGCAUGCGCAUGUGUCCAUGGCCGAAGUCAUCGGGCUGCUCGGGGGAGCAUACAGUGAGGAAGAAAAGGUGUUAAAGAUCUGUGCUGCGGAGCCCUGUAACAGUCUGAGCACAGGACUGCAGUGUGAGAUGGACCCCGUUUCUCAGACCCAGGCCUCAGAGGUGCUGGCCAGCCAUGGCUACAGUGUGGUCGGCUGGUACCACUCGCACCCCGCCUUCGACCCCAACCCCUCCCUACGGGACAUUGACACGCAGGCCAAGUACCAGAGUUACUUCUCAAGAGGUGGAGCCCCCUUCAUAGGAAUGAUCAUCAGUCCCUACAACCCUGCUAACACCUCACCCCUCUCCCAGACCACCUGCUUGGUAGUGAGUGAGGAGGAGGGUCCCACUGGCUCUCACAAGCUGCCUUUCAGAUUUUUGAUCCAGCAGUCAUGUGAGGAGCCGGACUGGGCCCAGGUACUGAGGAGAGCCCAGUGGGUGGUGCACAAGUACCGGCUGUCACAUGGGAGUGUGCCUAUGGACAGGCUUUUCCGUCGAGACUCUCACCUCACCUGCUUAGAAAAGAUGCUGGCUUCAUUGAGGAAGUUUCUAGAGCUGCUGUCGGACAAUGUGGUGAACACCUUCCUAACGCAGAUGGAGACACUCUUCCUUUCUGAGUUCACCGCUGAAAAAAGAGGGAGCCAGGAUGAAGGGGAUGCCUCAAGCACUCUUCCUGCAGUCAUCAGUUCUCUUGGAUUCUCCAGUGUGCAGCCGCCAGAGUAUGAGGGAAUCGCAACUGGGCAAACAGUCAGCAUGGAGGGAGGGCCAGCGGUCAGCCUACAGAUAGAGGAGGCAUCCCCUGAUCAGCCAGUAAUUGAAGAGGCCGAGACGGGAUACACUGUUCUACUAGACAGCCUACAGAUGGAGAGAGAAUCCACUGUUCAACCUGACAACCUUGUGCAGACCCCCUAAUCCAUGCAUUCAUGCAUAAAUCCAGGAGACUGUUGUUCCAUUGUUGCUUUCUGCAACAACACUCUAAAACUCUGUUUAUAGUCUGUAUAAAAGUGUAUAGAUUCACAAUGUAUUUAGCUUCCUUACUCAAAUGAUUAUAAGAUUGAGCUUCAUGAAAGGAGUCUUGAAUACAUAGUAUCUGUAUAUGUUCAUCUCAAGGAGAGUAGAAGACUUACUGUCCUGUAUAAUUUUACAGGAUGUUUUACAGGUCAGUAUUCAAAAUUAGAGAAGUGCUUUUAUAUAACAUGUUCCGUGAUUUCAUAUUUUAACCGAAAUGUAUCUCUCAAUGCAUGUAAAUGAAUAAAAUGCAGUUAUGUGAUAAUA